AUGAAGCAAAAGCAGAAAACUGCUUUACCCUCCACUUCCUUAUCUAUCUCGAGCCAUGUGAAACUCAAUACACCGGAGCAGAAGAAAUUCAUGGAAAAAGUGUUAUCCUUCUCAACCAAUGCUUCAUUCUUAAAAUCUAUGGCUAAACUUCCUAAAUUCAUUAAGGAAGUGAUGACGAACCGAAUGGAUUUGGGAAAAGCAUCCAUCAUCAUGCUUAACGAAUUGUGUUCUACAGCCAUCAUUGAGGGGUUGCCAAUAAAAAUAGGAGAUUUGGGGCGGUUAACUUUGCCUUGCGAAUUCGGAAAUUCUACUUUAAUAAAUUCUUUAUGCAAAUUAGGGGCUAGCAUCAAUCUCAUGCCCUAUUCCUUUUACAAGAAGGUCACAUUACCAAGGCUACAAAACACAAGAAUGAAAAUUCGAAUGGCAAAUCAAUCAAUAACUCAUCCACGUGGAAUUGUAAAAGACUUAGUGGUGAAGCUUGGAAAAAUCAUUUUUCCAGUAGACUUUGUAGUCUUAGAUAUGAAGGAAGACGAUGGCCUUCCUAUAAUCUUAGGAAGACCAUUCUUGAGUACCACGAGAGCCCUAGUUGAUAUUCAUGACUCUAAGCCUACACUUCAAGUAGAAGACAAAGAAAUAACUUUUGAAAUGAACCAAAGAGUGAUUCAUGACUAA